GGAACACAUCUGUUCAGGAACAGAGAAGGAAGGCAGCGGGACAGAGCAGGCGAGUGCAAAGCAGGAACGAAGUUGUGAAGCAAGUGCUGGAAUCAAUCCCACAAUUCCUCAACACAAGAGAGGCCACCAUCUCUGAUUCGGCAAAGAUGACGUCAUUGAAAUCACUUGACUAAGGAGGACCGGGAUUUGCAUAUCUCUAUCAGCUGUAUUUUUACAUAGUUCUAUUCUUCCAAGCAUAUGAUAUUAUAUACACUCUCAGUAUGAUGGAGAUGUUUUGGACAGCGGUUGUCUUCUGCAUGUGUGGACGUACAGUGGAAGUUUAUGGAACAGGUGAUAAAGAUGCAUUGCCAACCACUUUGGAGAGCACGGUUACGUCUACUGUUUUACCCACUGUCUUACCCACAGAAGAUGAGAGCAUCAAACUUGUGGAUUGGCUCACAAAGUAUGGAUACCUCCCACCCCCUGAUCCCUCUACAGGCCAGUUACAGGCCUGGACUGCGGUCACUCAAGCAGUGAAGAAAAUGCAGAGGUUUGCUGGUUUGGAUGACACAGGAGUGUUAGAUGAAGAGACUGUUCAACUGAUGCAGACACCCCGCUGCUCACUUCCAGAUGAUGAUGACCAAACCAUUCAGACAUCGACACUACACAGUGAUAUGCAAAAUCAAAGAAUGAAAAGAGCAGCUUCUACCUGGACAAGAAGAAAUAUCAACUGGAGGCUGCGUUCUUACCCGGCAUCCUCUAAACUGUCCCGUGAAAUGAUUCGCUCCCUUGUGUACUAUGCACUCAGAGUGUGGGCCGAUCCAACAUUACUUGAGUUCCAUGAGGUGCGAGGACCAGAGGGGGCGGAUCUCCAGAUAGAUUUCUUGCGCGGUCCCCAUGGAGACGGAUAUCCCUUUGAUGGAGCAGGUGGAUCUGUUGGCCAUGCCUUCUUUCCAUCCGAUCCAGACAGGGCUGGUGGAGUUCACUUGGAUGCAGAGGAGGAAUGGGCCUUCAGACAACCAGCAACAGAGGGCACAGAUCUGUUCACAGUGCUGGUGCACGAGCUUGGUCAUGCCCUCGGACUGACCCAUUCAUCCGCACGCCAAUCUGUAAUGCGUCCAUACUACCAGGGGCCCCUGGGAGACCCGCUACACUUCAGCCUGGGACACCAUGACCUUCAACACAUCACAGCCCUUUAUGGUAAGAGGGGAAACCAUGAUCCAACUGAGAAACCUCUUCUUGUGACGGAGGCUCAACUGCGUCACCGACACGGAGGUGUACACAGACUCACACAUAUGUACAGACACGCUCAAAGCCAUUUGGACAGUUCUGUGGAUCGCUGUAACACCAGUUUUGAUGCAGUUACUAAGAUUCGUGGAGAGAUCUUCUUCUUUAAAGGACAGCACAUGUGGAGGGUGAGCAGAGGUGGUCUGGUGUCGUUCAGGGCUGUUCCUGUACAGAGACUUUGGUCAGCUCUUCCUUCUUCACUUCCUCCACUGCGUGCGGUUCUGGAAAGACACACGGAUCAUGCCAUCCUCUUUAUCAGUGGUUCCCAGGUUUGGCUGUUUAAGGAUCUGUCACUCCAAGAGGGUUUCCCUCAGCCUCUGUCUACUCUGGCUUCUGAGGACACAGAAGGAAUGGGGCAAGGAUUGCACUGGGACCCAAAGCAGGGUGUGGUGUGGGGGUCUGUGAGAGAAGAUGAAAAGAAAGGAGAGGAAAGCAAAGUCUGGAGAGAGCUCAUUGAAGAAGGAGUGAAUGGGAUUAUCAUGGAGAAUGAGAACGAUAGAGAAAGGACCGCAGACUUUAAGGGUUCAACCUACGUUUUCAAAGGCAAUUCCUACUGGAAAUUUACUCACCCAGGCUCCGCCCCUGAAGAGGGAUACCCUCGGCUUCUGGCCACUGAUUGGUUGGACUGCCCUCAGCCGUCCUCUUACAGCCCCGGUGACAUCUCUCUGAUCUCUCACUACGGUCAACAGGAGCUUCGUGAGCAGAAAGGGCAAAGAACAAUCGACCAGAUCAUUCACAAAGAAAAAAACGAAAGAGAUAAACCUCUUCGCUUGGACUGUCCAUGUCUAAACAGUGCAGUGACUCAAAGCGGACCUAUUUUACUACUGCCCAUUUUAUUUCUGAUUACUGGAACUUAUCCAUCACUUUAAUAUUUUCCACAUCCAAAUUUACACACUCAUACCCCAAAAUUACUUUUUCCUUGACUUUCAUAUCUCUGACCAAAGGAAGUGACUAAAUAGUUGGUGAUGCAGCAGUAUAAUCUGAAAUCCUCUUCUGGAGUGCUACAAUGUCGUCUUCGGUGGUCUUGAUUGCUCUUUUGGGCCUGUUUUGUUUGAGUCAGGCAUCUCUGCCAGACUGUAAGGAUCUUAUAACACCACUAACCCUGGAGGAUGACUAUAAAAGUAUCAUGGGUAAAUGGAUCUUCCUUGAAGGCAUAGCUGAUCACCAGUUAUUUACAGAUAUCUUGAAAACGGUGAACAGCUCAUGGGUAGAGUUUGGCCCCAGCACUCUUGCAAAUACUUUAACCCUCAGUCAAGGAAACAUGCUAAAAGGAAAGUGUGAAUUUAGCAACUUCAACGGAACUGUUAAAGAUAAUACUUUUCAUGUUAAUGAGAAUGGCACAAUAACAGAUGGCAAGUUCUUGCCAUCCUGUCCUGACUGUACCACCAUGAGCUUCAUCAGCCAAUUAAAAAAUGAGACCAUAAAGUCUCUGUACUUUUUCAAGAGAGAGAGCAACCCAACAGAGUCUGACAUGGACACCUACUGGAAGCAAGCUGAGUGUCUUGGAUUCAAAAGAGAAACCCAGUACUCCUAUGAUGGAGUGACAGAACAUUGUGACCGUUCAUCUCACCAGAAGCCAAGUUUGGACAAAUCAGAUCAUUAAUGCAUGCAUACAUUAAACAUUUUUAUGCAAACUAAAUUCGUAAGGACCACCGUGACAAGAAAAACAACAUGUGAAAGUGAAAUUGAAUAAAGAAUAUUUGUUAUU